UUAUGUUUUAUGUUUUAUACAUGGUAUUUACUUGCUUCCUUCCUUGAAGUUGCUUGACCUGAUUUUUGGAAAAAUCAAAACCCCAUGGGAAUUAUGCAUAUGCAGUAUUUUCCAAAGAAACAGACCCUCCAAACAAUUUCAAAUGAAGAUACAAAUAGCUUAUAUAGAUAGUAGCUGCUCUCUGAAGUUGUGAUUUUGGAUAUGUUACGAAGCUCUCCUGGGUGAAUGCAAUUCUUUGCUGUAAAGCUUGGCUAUCCAGACCUCUUCUUGAUGCCUAGUACAUGCAAGGUAUUGCAGUACAAUCCAUAUUCCAUAUGCUUUUGCUUUAAUAAGAACUGAAAUCAAAGUGGUUGCUUACCGACUCUUAUUCUUUCAUUUUUAUGAUUUGCUCCUACUGUUGUCUCUUUCUACCUUCUGUCGUUUGACACCCUCAGGAUCUCACACAAAGGAAUGUCUGCAGUUUGUGUGGAAUUGAAGAAAUUUGGUGCUGUCUGAGCUUCAGUCUUAAUUUGUAAGAGGUCCAUGCUGUGAAAUGUGAGUCACAUCAAGCUGUAUAGAAUUCGUCAAUAGGUGACAGUUUAUUUUAUGAAGAAAAUACCCUCUUCAGUUUAUAAUUUUUUUAUGGAAGGACAUUUUGAAUGAGUGUGUUUCAUGGUAGCAGUGUGGAGAUGUAGUUAAAGGUGUGCAACUAAAUGAUUACGUUUUAGAGAUUAAUUUUUUUAAAACUCUGUUUUAUAAACUCUAGGAUGGUUUGGGUUGGAAGGAACCUUAAAGCUAAUCUCAUUCCAAGCCAUGGGCAGGUAUACCUUCCAUUAGACCACUUUGCUCCCAGCCCCAUCCAGCCUGGCCUUGGAGCACUUCCAGGAAUGGGGCAGCCUCAGCUUCUCUCAGCAACCUAUGCCAGGGCCUCCAAACCUUCACUAUAAAAAUUUUCUUUCAUAUAUCUAACCUAAAUUUCUCCUCUUACAGUUUGAAGCCAUUCCCCAUAUCCUGUCACUACAGUUCCUGAUGCAGAGUUUCUCUCCAACUUCCCUGUAAGGCCCCUUCAGACACUGGGAGGAGCUGUGAGGUCUCUGCACAGCCUUCUCUUCUCCAGGCUGAACAGCCACUACUUUCUCAUCCUGUCUCCAUAUGGGAGAUGCUCCAAUCCUCUUGUCAACUUUGUGGUCUCCUCUGGACUUGGUCCAACAUUUCCAUGUCUUUCUUUAUACUGGGGCAUACUGUACACAGUAUUUCAGAUGGGGUCUCACAAUAGGGGCAGAAUCCUCUGUCCAGGGGAAGGAGAAACUAUACAUAAACUGUUUAUAGCAUCUUUGUACUCUUAAGACAGCCAGUGACAAAGAUGAUGUUCUAAGUUCUCUAGAAGUACCCCCCUUAAUAUCUUACAGCUUUCUGUCGACAGUUGGUCAUAUAUUCUAUUUUACCAAGAGCAUUUAGAGAUUGAUAGAUUCGUCCAUCCUUUUGGUUUUCAGACUUGAGGUGGUUGGUUUACUCUGUGGCUUGAUCUACAGCAGUCAGUAGAUGGAAAUGACAAUAUGUUCCUUGUACUGCUUGCUCUCACUUUUGUAGGUCAGACUGGGAUGGUGGGCAGAGUACUUUGUGCCAAAACGUUAUUUGCACUUGGCAGCUUACAGUGGGAAAGUUGAAAAAAAUUUGUUAGAAUACGUCUUAAAAUAUUAAUUUAAAAAACAAUUGAUGGUAAAUGGAUAGUCUGGGAUAAAUUGUUUCUACUACCUUACUGUUUUCAGUGUUUCUAUAAUGUCUGGGUAAUUGCCUUUAAUGUUUUCCCAGUUCAAUUCUAAGCAGUUCCAGUUAGACAUUCCAUGUCUUUCAGGUAUUAGGAAGUCAGUGAGAGCUAACCUCUUAAGACUACCUUCUUUGGUUUUGGCUACUUGAGAAGAUAAAGGGGCUCAGAGAUUAGCCUUUGGAGGAGAGCCACCAGCAUUAAUGGGUGAUAUGUUGUCUUAUCAUAUCAAACUAGUACUUACCAUGAUUGGUGAAUAGGAACGACACCUCUCUAAUUCCAUUGGUUAAACUGGAGAAACAGCAAAACACCACCUUUAUUUUGUUUUGAGAAAGGAUAGUUGUGUUUUUGUUCCGGGUAAACACUUCCUGUUGAUGACCACUCAUGAGGCUGGUGGCUGGAGUGAAACACUACCUGAGCACAUCAUGAUGCAGCUCACUGUUGAAGGGAACAAGAAAUAAAGUUCUGGAUUUAAAAAAAAAAAAAAAAUUAAAAAAAAUCUCAAAAGAAUAUGUGUAUUUAAAAUAAUUUGUUCACAACAUUAUGUUCUUUGUGGGGAUGAUGCUUGUGAAGCAUGUUUAAGAAUCAUGUCCCUGUGAUGUAUACAUGGUUGUUGGGUGACUCAGACCCAUGUCUGCUCCUUUUCAUGGUAAUUGCUGUUGCUGCUAUUGCUUUUAACAUAAGAAUUAUUCCCUGCUGCUACAGCAUCUGGUUGAGUUGAGUAGUGAGUCUCAGGGCAGUCUUGUGGAUGUAGGUUUUGUGUAAGAACUUCACAAACUCCGUAAGUCUGUCUUCUCAUGCAGAAAUAGUUCAAAAAACCUUGGAGUAAUCUGGCAAUCUGAACGCCAGAGCCAGAGCUAAAGCUCCUUUUAUAGCUUGGAAAGCUUUUUCUGUUUCUGGACCCCACUGCACAGGCUCCACAUCCACUGUCUUGGUAGUGUUAAGGAAUCCGUUUACUGCUGGCAGCUCAGGGAAAACUGCAGCGCCAGCUGCAGAUGGAGGUCUGGUUGCAAGAGCCAGAGGCAAGAGACAGCUGCCAGCCCUUUGCACAACAAAAGAGCGCAGGGAUUUGUGGAACAGCCAGGCACAGGGACACUCCAAGACACUACAGGAGCUGACAACACCCAACUUUCCAGCACUUAGACUAGAGAGAGGAGGACUUAGAGUUGUUUGGGUUCCCUCCUGGAGGCACCAUGUCCAGCUGUGAUUUUGUUACUGCACUGUGCUUACAGUUAUUUUAAGGAUUGAUAUGACUGAGACUGUGCUGUGGGAAACCUGGGGUCAAGCCACUAAGCAAACCUGGUCUGACUGUUGGAGGAUGGAGCAUGGAGCUGCCAAGGGCCUCAGUGCCAGCUCAGGUGGUGCAAGUGUGACUGCCAGAGGGCUCUUGGGUGGCCAACAGAUGUCAGAGAUGGGUAGAGAACUGUCGAAGGGCAGAUUUAGAAGAUAAGACUCCCGAUCAACUCAACAAGCAUUACAGAUUGUGCGCUAAACAUUUUGAGACUUCCAUGAUAUGCAGAAGUAGCCCAUACAGAACGGUUUUACGGGAUAAUGCUGUGCCAACUAUAUUUGAUCUUACAAGUCACCUGAACAAUCCCCACAGCAGACAUAGGAAAAGGAUAAAAGAGCUGAGUGAAGAUGAAAUAAGGACAUUGAAGCAGCAAAAGAUUGAUGAAGCUUUUGAACGGAAACAGGCAACUCAAGAAUUGAAUGAAAACAAUGAACAAAAUACUGUCUCAGAGGAAGGAGGAGAAGAACAAGAGGAAAGAGCUGUUCCCUUAACACUGGAAGAAAGAGAAAACAAAGAUUACCUUAAAUCAUUAUUUGAAAUUUUGAUCCUAAUGGGUAAACAAAAUAUUCCAUUGGAUUGCCAUAAUGUUAAGGAACUUCCAGAAGGUAUUUUUACUUCGGAUAACUUUCAGGCUCUACUGGAAUAUAGAAUAAAUGGUGGCGAUGAAGUUUUGAGGAAACGAUUUGAGAUGACUGCAGUUAACCUUGAGUAUUGUUCGAAAACUCAGCAGAAACAAAUGCUUGAGAUCUGUGAAAACUGUGUUAGAGAGGAGACACUGAGGGAAGUAAGAGACUCACACUUCUUUUCUAUUGUCACUGAUGAAGUAGUAGACAUAGCAGGAGAGGAACAUUUGCCAGUGUUGGUGAGGUUCGUUGAUGAUUCUCACAAUCUCAGAGAAGAAUUCAUAGGGUUUUUACCAUAUGAGGCUGAUCCUGAAAUUUUAGCUGUUAAGUUCCACGCAACUAUUACUGAAAAGUGGGGUCUAAACAUGGAAUACUGUCGAGGUCAAGCCUACAUCGUCUCCAGUGGAUUUGCUUCUAAAAUGAAAGUUGUGGCUACGAGACUCUUGGAAAAGUAUCCACAAGCUGUGUAUACGCUGUGUUCCUCCUGUGCCUUAAAUGUAUGGCUGGCAAAAUCUGUUCCUGUUGUUGGUGUUUCCAUUGCAUUAGGAACAAUUGAAGAAGUUUGCUGUCUUUUUAAUCAGUCUCCACAACUACUAGUAGAACUGGACAACACAAUUUCUGCUCUUUUUCGGGACAAUGACGAGAAGGGUAAUGAGUUGAAGAAGAUCUGCCGUUCUCAGUGGACAGGCAGGCAUGAUACUUUUGAGGUUUUAGUGGACCUCCUGCAAGCACUGGUACUGUGCUUGGAUGCUGUGAGCAGUGACUUGUCUGUCAGGUGGAACAACUUCAUUGUUGGUCGAGCAUUUGUACUUUCAAGUGCAUUAACAGAUUUUGAUUUCAUUGUCACUAUUGUAAUUAUGAAAAAUGUUCUGUCUUUUACAAGAGCAUUUGGAAGAAACCUCCAGGGACAAACAUCAGAUGUGUUCUUUGCAGCUGGCAGCUUAACCGCUGUAUUGCACUCUCUGAAUGAAGUAAUGGAGAAUAUUGAAGUUUACCAUGAAUUUUGGUUUGAGGAAGCCACGAAUUUGGCUACAAAACUGGAUGUACAAAUUAAACUCCCAGGAAAAUUUCGCAGGGCACAACAGGGGGACUUCGACCCCGAUAUGACAUCAGAAAAUUACUACAAAGAAAUCCUAAGCGUCCCAACAGUAGAGCAUAUUAUUCAAGAAUUAAAAGAUAUUUUCUCAGAACAACAUUUAAAAGCUCUUAAAUGUUUAUCAUUAGUGCCCUCAGUCAUGGGACAGCUGAAAUUCAAUACGUCUGAGGAGCAUCAUGCUGACAUGUUCAAAAAUGACUUGCCCAAUCCAGACACACUUUCUGCUGAGCUUCACUGUUGGAGAAUCAAAUGGAAGCACAGAGGAAAAGAUAUUGAACUUCCAGCUACUAUUUAUGAAGCACUUCACUUGCCCGACAUAAAGUUUUUCCCUAAUGUUUAUGCAUUGCUUAAAGUCUUGUGCUUACUUCCAGUGAUGAAGGUGGAGAACGAAAAAUAUGGAAUGGGACGGAAGCGCUUAAAGGCAUACCUGAAAAACACCUUGACAGGGCAAAGGUCAAGCAACCUUGCUUUGCUGAACAUAAACUUUGACAUAAAACAUGACUUGGAUUUGAUGGUGGACACUUACAUUAAACUCUAUCCAGAUAAAUUGGAAUUUCAAGACUGUAUUCCUUCUAACAAUUCUAAAGUAACAGAUGAUGCCUAACUUUUUAAGCUCUAACCAAUCUGUUGAAACAGCUUGUUUUUAAUUAGGUUUCAAAGCUGGGGAGAAAAACCCACUAAAUCUUAAAAAAUCACUGCAACUGUGUUUCCAUUGUAGGCCUUGGACUGAACAAGCUGUGGUCAAUGACCUAAAUUAGGUGUUGUUAGUCCAUACUAAAUGUGUUUGGCAAACAAAAUCAAGCCUGAUGCAAGCCCAUGCUCUUGGCAGAGGUGCUUUCUACGUCUGAUUGGCUUAACUAGGUGCUCCUUUACUUUAUUGCAUCGUGGAAAAAGUACAUUAUGGUUGUAGAUCUGAUGGGGCUGUUACAUAUUCACUGAUCAAUUAGGAUGAGAAAGAAACUCAAACUAUUAAAAAACUAUUUCAGUUCUGUUACUUAGGAUUUUUUUUAAAAACCCAAACUUUUAAGAAAGUCUUUGAUGUAUAUUUAAGUGACAUUUUGGAGAGUGGAUUCAGCUAUUGCACGAUCCCCGUGUUGUGGACAGGUCUCACUGUACAGUGAAUGUCAGUGAUAUAGGGGUACUUUUUUCGUUUUGUUGGGAGAGUCAAUCUUUUUAAUCUCUUGAUGACUGUUUACAUUCCUUUGUGUCAGACACAAAACUUUUUUCUUUAGGCUUAACGGGCAUGCCAGGAGUGUUUAAAUUUCUAAAAGACACUAAAAACUUAAAAUUUAUUCCACAAACAUUUAAAUCUGUCUGCUCUGCCCAGACUGAACGCCAACCCCUGCAUCUUACAGUAUGUUUAUUUGUAAACUCACUCUGGAAAGAUUAAAAUAAGAGUUUGUUGUUUGUCUAGAAGUAAGAUUGAAAAUAAUUGCUGUUAUUUUUUUGCGAGAAUGAAACCUUUUUGUACAGUUUAUGGAAAUUUA